UUGAAAUUCCUCCCAAGAAGUCUGGGUCAGCUCACGGCAGCCGACCAGUUCCAAGCCCCAAAACCGCGUUGUUGCGCUGCUGCUGCGGGAGGCGAAGCUGAGCCUGAUAUGGGGACCCGUGAUCUGACAGACCACGGGGAAUGGACGAAACAUCGGGCUUUAGUUUGUGGUCCGCCAACAUCCCCAUCCGGUUUGAACACAUCUAGAAUAUAUUGAGUACCACAUCCGACGCUUCCAUUCAGCGUGACACAUGGACUCCCACUAUGCGGCCAUAUUCCAAUCUGGCAAUCCGAUAGCCGCCCCUGAGUUCUUCACACUGUUACUCUUCUGCAUCUACAUGGAGAUAAGAAGUUGCAAAUACCGAGGUCGGAACUUUUAAACUGUGCAAUAAGCAGAUGUGGAAGCUGAGAGAGAGUGCGGGGUCCUCGGUAACUCAGAUACGCGUCUGCGGCCGAGUCAAAGGUGAAUGACCUGAGACCCCGUUCACGAGGAAGAGCGAGAGGUCAGCCGACACCCCGGCCGCCUUUCGUUUCGAUUCUCUCUGCCUCUCUCUUUCUCCUUUGAGCCAACAAGGGGGGUUUUGCUAUGUGGUAAUUAUUGAAUUCUAGACCAUACAAGACUUGACUAGUCGAUGAUAAACGGUUGUUGAGGAUGCGGUGAAGGGGACAGCACAGACAGGGCUAAGUAUCGAGAUCCUAGAGGGGGGAGGGUAGGAUGACGUCCGUUAUCCUUAUCGUUAUCGCGCGCGCGCUUGGAAUGCACCUUUGCCGGCCGGCUGUGAUCCUCAAAGACUGGGGGCCAGCUGAAUCGCGUCAGCGGACUUGUCCAGAAGAACUCGCUUGACGCGAGCAUUCCGAUCGAGAGUUGGAAAGCAAGACGGACGAAACCGGUAGAUAUGAAUGAUUACCCAUGAGAGCACAUGUUUGUGUCGUGAGAUGACUCUGGAGAUGUUGGUGAUGCAGUUAGCAGAACGGUGAGCUUGGCGGGGGCCGGUGUGGGGGUUCCUGCAGCUCUCCACAAAGGCAUCCACUUGUAUGGUGCAGUGGUGGCAUCCGACUCCAAUUGUCAAUUGCCAAUCGCACCUCGAACCUCGACCAUAUUCAUCUCGAGACAUCAUCCCCGUUCUCAUCAGUGUCGAGAUGCCAUUGCCCGUGGGUAACACGAGUCCCGUCAGUGGCUGCCCGUUCAAGGAAAUACCGGAUGGUCGAUGCAUCAUCCUCCUGCAGGGCAAGCCUUGGAGAAGGGUCUGGUGCAUGGGCCGGCAUUUGACAUCCGGCAUGAACAUGAUGUCUACAAGCUUAGGUUACCCCAGAUGACGCCGUCACUGCUAACAUCUCUAGGGGACUACCGGGACCACGACCACUUCCAGUUUGCUGACGAAGCCACUGGAGGUGGCUUGGAAACGGGCCUGACGGUGGUUGUUUCAUGUCCGCUAAACCGGUUUACCUUGAUCAGGCCUGGGCCGCCAUUUCAUCAUGGUCAACCCUGAGAGAAGCCAAGAAUAUCUCUUUCGAGCACUGUCCAUGUCCACGUCUCAGCUGCAGCUGCUGGGUGCUCACAAGUGUCACACGCUGACCUGUCGUCACUUGUCACUCCCACUCCCACUCCCCACCUCCCGCUCGAGCUUUAUCACCCGCACCCGCCAUCCUCCCAUGGAUCCUGGGCAUUCCCAAACAGGCCGAUAAGCCUCCUUGACUGAGUAUAAGCCUCUCUUGUGUCCAGCCCCUUCCUAUCUUGAGGCCUCUCCUUUCUUUUCCCUCUCGCUUGUUCUGUAUUACUCUGUCAAAGAACUAUACACCUAUACAUACCUCGUUAUCAUCAGCUGGAGCCCAAGACACUCCUGUCGUCCUCAGUUUGUACCUUCACAUCCUAUUGGCUCGUUGCAGCUAGUAUUUCCUCUUUCGUCAUCUCGGCAUCUUAUCGCGAUUCGCCAACAGGGGCUUGUCAAUUACACGCCCUGCUCACUGCCUUCAUCUGAGUCACCCGGCCGGCGUCCCGAAAGAGAAGACCCGGGGCCUUCUUUGUGUUGUUUAAAGUCAAGCGCUCCUGGAAGCACUUGACCUGUUUAAACAAUCACACAACCAAGGAAACAACAAAGACGAGCCUUUCCAUUUCACCCGCCCAAGGGGGGCUUUUGCAUCAUUUGUCAGGGUCCGUUGGAAGCUACCACUUACACCCCAACCCACUCUUAUUUCAACCUCUCACCCGGCAACCGGUAAACUUUACCAUUGAUUCAUAUCGUGGGGACUUCCUGGAAACCUUUUCCCACACACACAUACAACCUGCUACUUUCCUUCUUGCCACAUCUCAUCGAUAGAUUGUUCAAGCAUCAUCUUUAACAUCUCCUACCAUCCUUGAAGCUCUUCUUGCGGACUAUUCCAUCCCCGCGCUGCGCUUCACGAGAUACCUAUCGCCUACUACUACAUCUACCUUAUCGAUACCCAUCUCAUCCAUCUUCAACUAUCACCAUGGCCAACCUCACCAUUGAGUCCCGCCAGUUCGAGCGCGAUCUCCGCCACAGCGCCAAGGAGCGAAAGCGCGUCAAGGACCACAAUACCAAGUGGCAGCAUGGCAGCCGCUUCCUCUCUGGUGUGGUGACUGAGGGCUUCUGGGACCAGGUCAAGCCUGUCAAGUACUCCAACGAUGCUCACAUUGCCAAGAUGAAGCCAGACAAGAGAUAUGUUGAUCGCUACCACUUCGCCCGCAAACCCACCGUCGGACAGAACAUUGUCAAGGGCCGCUCCAACUGGUACACUCCCGACUCGGUCAUCAAGAACAACCUCGCCAAAAACAUCAACGCUGCUGACCUUAACGACGUCAACGCUUCUACUAUUCCAACUUUAGCUCCACAAGACGAUGUACUGUACUCGUUUGACAGGCAUGACUCUCCCGACCGGCCGGUGACGCUGGAGGUUUUUGUCAAGGCUAGGAACACGCAGAAGGAAACGGAGAAGCUGGUGGAGAAGGAAUAUGAGGUUGUGGAUGGGAACGGGGAGGCGGUGAAGGGGAGGAAGGCGAAGAAGGUGUUGCGGAGCGGGACGAGUGAGAGACGGGAGGAGAAUGAGCCGGUGGUGGUGGAGGGGGGGUUUGAGCUUGUUUAAGCUUGACUUUUGGCGGCGCAUCUUUCCCUUUGUAUAACUUGCUUGAGUGUUUAGCGGCUGCUUUUUUGGGGGGGGGAGGGGGGGGGAGGUGUCUCGAUGGUGAGCAUAUGACGGGACGACAGUACGACUACUGCUGGUCGGAUCGUUAUGACAUUAUACUACAUUUGAUGGGCGCGCGGGGUUGGCAUUUUGACGAGCAUGGGAUGAUGGAUGGGGGCAUGACAUGAGGGUUUAUUAUGAGUUUAUUUAUUUAUUUAAGGAUUAUGAAGCAUUUUAGUAGUACGCUGAUAGGGCAAUCAAUAUUUUCGAUUCUGGAGAGAGAUUUACCUUGCA